UCUCGCACUACACCUCCCAUCCCACCAUCUCAACCAACCUCUCCCGCCUAAGCGACGCGUUCACAUUCCAUCACCUCACCCAUAUACUCCAGGUGUUGUCACGCUGUCAUCACUCGUCCCCGACAUAACGCCUCGCGCCACUCAUCAUCCCGGGAGUCUCUCACGCAUCUUGGUGACUCGUCUCUCAUAAGGCGCACCAUUUCCUUUCAUCUCGUCAUCUACCCAUCGCGUUUCACCCUCCUGCACCAACCCAUCAAUCCACCAUGCCGCCCGCCCCACCCACCAAGUUUGCUCGAACAUCCAUCGAGGGCUGGAGCCGCAAGCGCUCCGUCUCACCCGCCACUGCCGGACCACCCACUCGCAAGAUGGUGUCAUCCAGCUUGCAAGCCAGCCCUGAGCUGAUCAGUGGCACGUCCGCUCGGGCGCCCGAGCCUGCGUUUGUUCCCAAGCGCUCAGACGACGGUUACUAUUACGAGGAGGAGUACCGUGAGGAGCACCUCGCGUGUAUGCUUGAAAUGGAGGCGCAGACUCUCGCCCACCCAGAACUCAUGGACCAGCAGCCAGAGAUUCAAUGGCGCAUGCGCCCAUACCUGAUCGAUUUCAUCAUCGAGAUUCAUCUUCAGUUUAGGCUGCGGAAUGAGGUGCUCUACCUGGCGUGCAAUAUCAUUGAUCGCUACGUGUCGCGACGUGUGGUUUACAAGAGGCACUACCAGCUUGCUGGCUGUGCCGCGCUUUGGAUCGCCGCCAAGUUCGAGGACUCGAAGGAGCGGGUCCCCCUUGUUCGCGAGUUUUACGACAUGUGCUGCGCUGCGUACGAUCAGUCCUCCUUCAUUCAAAUGGAAGCGCACAUCAUUGAGACCAUGAACUGGACCAUCGGGCACCCUACUGCCGACGCAUGGCUUCGCCACAUGACCAUGGACCCAGUCGUCGCCCUCAAGGAGGACACUCGCGUGACUUCCAUGGCUCGCUACCUCAUGGAGCUCACCCUCUAUCGCCGCGAGUUUAUUGGCGUCCGUCCUCACGUCAUCGCUUGGGGAGCACUUCGCCUCGCUCGUUUCAUUCUGGACGAGAACACCAAGAAGCCGACACCCGACUUCAUCACCCCCGCAAAUGAUGCCGCCGCUCUGCGUGUCGCGGAAGCGAUUGACAGGAUCUUUGUGGACUGGCUCAACGACGUCCCCCUUGCACUGUCUGACAUUGUCGUCAAGAAGUACUCGAUGGGUUGGCACCACCGCAUCUCCGCGAUCGUUCGCCAGUUUUACCUUGACGGCCACCGUUACCGCCCGUACCCGGAGACUCCUUCUACCCCCUGUUCGACUGGGCUCCCCACUCCCAGCCUUACACCCUCAUCCUGGGCCGGCAAGCGCGCCAACAUGUCUCGGACCAGCCCAAGCCCCGGGGGCUCGUACAGCUGCUCUUCGUCGGAGGCGGGGGACGAGCCGAUCACCCCCAUUACGCCAAUCGACUCGCAUCCUGGGACCGUUGUCGAGGUCGACUACGUCACUGCUAGGGAGAACUCCUUUGGCAACGCCAAGGACGCGCACUAUGCCACGGUCCAGGAGAACCCUGUCACCAACGUCAAGGACGCGCACUAUGCUGCGGUCAAGGAGAACCCGGUCACCAAUGCCAAGGUUGACGCGCAUUAUGCGGCGGUCAAGGAGAACAUUGCGCCCUCCGCUACAUCCGCCAGCAAGGCCAUGCCACCACCUUCGGCGUACCAGGUUCGCCCGGUACUUCUCGCGCUUGCCAGUUCUCUGGCGAUUCCCCAGCGAGGGGUGCGGCGGCGAAGCGGCUAAGCUGUCUUAGUUGCCAAUUCUCCUCACAGACAUACCACCACAUGUUCUC